CCUUCCUGUCCUGCCCUUGAUAAAAUAUUACAUAGCUGAGUAGUACCUAGGUACCUAGGUACCUACUACCUAUCUACCUAUCUACCUAUUCUCGCCAUUGAACAGUGAAGGCAAUGAAUGGAUGAGCAUUCUUGUCCAGAACCGCUUAGUAAAAAAAAGUUAAACCCCGGCGAAACAAACCAUACACGAACCGAUCUAUCUCCACCUUCCACUUUCCAUUCACCACCACCAAUACACGCGCUGAGAUAAAUCUUCGCAGUACUUCAUUUCUCUCACGCAGAAAAGAAUCUAUUUCUCCCCUUCUCUUGUACAUUCUUCCUCUUUCUCUUUAUUUGCAGUAAUAUAAUAGUCUCCACUCGCCAACUUCAUAUUGUCUCCCCAAGGUUCUUCUUACACGUUGCCCCCGAUUUCAUACUCUGCAGAUUGUCUGUCAUCUGUGUCGAUUCCAUAUCUCCAAUACCCCCACCACGACCACGAUAAUACUUUUCAACGUCGAUUAAUUUGGCUAUGUUAUCGUUGGAAUCAUAGGAUACUAGGGGUUGUUUUAAAGUUGCGAUAUACUCGCGUGUGGUCAGCCUCAUAUCAGGAACGCGUACGGCUUAUUGGAGAGGGGCAGGCUGGAACUUUUGCUUAAAGUCUCGAACUCAUCUGAGCACUCGAAUUUCAACGAAAUGGAUCCUCCUCAUAGACCGCAGAGUAAACAUCGAACGCUCUCCCAAAGUACUCAAAUGUCUGGAACACCAAAAUUCAAACCCGACGCCUCUUCGAGUCCGUUCAUUUCGAAUUCGAAGUUGUUGCAGCAUAGUGUCGAGACUCGACAUCCAAGUCAGACCGUUUCUUUAGGAUGGCAAGAUGGAGACGAUACAGUUGGACAUGCAUCGAGAUUGCAAGUUGAGUUGGAAGAUAUUAUAGAAACGAAAACCGUUACAACAACCACUACAACCAAGCGAUCCUAUCCUCCACUACUCUUCCAAAAUCCUCGACCACUCGAUAGCCUUGACGCCAAGGAAUAUCCUCUAGCAUUCAAACCGACUCCUGCCGAGCUGACUAGGUUUUCAUACGAAAUUGAUGGACGACAAAUGGAAUAUGAGGAAGAUAAUCUGCGAAGUAUUAUGCACGAGAAUUCACAAAUCGAAUCUCUUCACAACUCUUCUUCGCGCUAUCGAUCGAAAGAGAAUCGAGAACAGUUCAAAGAUGGAUUAGCUAGAACAGACAGAAUGAUCAAGCUCGAUGCGGAAAGUAGCAACUUGAGAAGAAGGUGUUCGAAAUCGAAAGGAACAUCCGAUCAUCGACCCGCCAGCAGACCCAGCAGUUCAAAAGCACCAGAAGUUUCCAAUAACGAAGUUAAAAAUGUAGGCUCGACUGCUCAACCCGAAAUUCGACGUCGAAAUCAUGGUCUUGGUAUGCACCUACCCGAAUUGCCAGUGACUCCCGAUUUAUCCGAAGUAGAGCUAUCCUCAAGGGAUGUUCCUUCAUCAAUCUCUCGAUUUCAAACCAAUGCAUACACCCCCCAAUCCGGUCUAAGCCAAAAUAAUUCGUUCGAGAAUUCAGAAAGUCAUUCGGAAACUGUUAAUGAAGAAACAUUUAAUAACGCAGUUGCUACACCCCCAAUUGCAGAAUCUGAUCUGGAGUCGGCUGGUCUUGAUACAAACUUUGCACAAGGCCAGCGCCCACAUUUGAAUACUGCAAUUGCUCAAAACGCAAGCCUACCUAGUCCCGGUCUUUCGCCUACCCCAACCUCUCCUGAAUUUGACAACGAUGAUACAGGCGACAGUCAGGAGACAUUAGAUGAGUACGCUAGUCAGUUACCUCAGUUAAGUACGACUCGAGAUCGGCAGAUUAAACCUACAGGAUUACAUUCACAAAUUUCUACCGUCAUGGAGAUUGGUUCUAUGCUGGAUACUUUCGAUGCGAUGCCAAGCGAAUUGAAGGCCCUGGUGAUGUAUCAGCUUAGUAGAAGGUGCUCCAGGAAAACCUUACGGGCUGUUGCAGGUUUCGUAAAUCCUGCUUUGAUGUGCGAUUUCCUUGAUGAACUUCCUGUUGAAUUAAGCCUACAUAUCUUGAGUUACCUGGACCAUCAAGACCUUUGUCGUGCCGCACAAGUUUCGAAGCGUUGGAGAAAUGUUAUUGACUCGAACGAAACUGGAUGGAAAGAACUCUUUGAUCGUGAUGGCUUUACACUCCAACCUGAAGAACUUGAGCGAGCAAUACGUCAAGGCUGGGCAUGGCAAGACCCUUAUGGACCGGAUGGUUAUGAAAUGGAUUUGAGCAGUAAAGACAAAUCACUCAACCUGGAAGUAAACACGCCUAGUAGUAGCAGCAGCAAGAUUGACACACUUAGAAGACCUCGGGCUACCAUUAAAAGAAAGCGAACUACUGGAAAUUCCGGAUCGGAACGCGCGAAGAGACGAGCGAUAGGUAAUGAAGUUUCAACCAAAAUCUUAGAACCGGCAUCUAGAUUUCAUAAAUCUGAAGGUCCACUAAGCGCUGCUUCUGCUGCUGCAUUGGCAGUACCAAAUCCCGAAUUAGGUCUGCCAGGAUUACGAAAACUUCAUCUCUUUAAAUCUCUUUAUCGCCGACACUUUCUUCUUCGACAUAGCUGGACAAAUCGUACCGUUGAACCUCAUCAUAUGGCUUUCAAGGCUCAUCCAUCUCAUGUAAUCACAUGUCUUCAAUUUGAUGAUGAAAAGAUCUUGACAGGUAGUGAUGAUACAUGUAUUCAUGUCUACGAUACCAAAACUGGAGCUCUACGAAAAAAGCUUGAAGGACAUGAUGGGGGCGUCUGGGCUUUACAAUAUGAAGGAAAUAUUCUUGUUUCUGGAUCCACUGAUCGUUCGGUACGCGUUUGGGAUAUCGAAAAAGGUCUUUGCACUCAAGUUUUUCAUGGUCAUACUUCAACUGUACGAUGUUUACAAAUCCUUAUGCCAUCAGAAGCGGGAAAGACAGCAAGUGGUCAAUCUAUCAUGGUUCCUGAGCAACCUCUUAUUAUUACCGGUUCUCGUGAUUCUCAAUUACGCGUAUGGAAAUUACCAGCCCAAGGAGAUAAGCGAUACAUUCAAACUGGGCCACCAACUAAUGAUGCUGAUUGUCCUUACUUUGUUCGCGUAUUAGCUGGACAUACUCAUUCAGUUCGUGCUAUCGCUGCUCAUCAGGAUACUUUAGUAAGCGGUAGUUAUGACUGUUCGGUGAGAGUAUGGAAAAUCUCAACAGGUGAAGUUUUGUAUCGUUUAACAGGACAUACUGCAAAAGUCUAUAGUGUUGUUUUAGAUCAUAAACGCAAUAGAUGUAUCAGUGGUUCUAUGGAUACAUAUGUCAAGGUUUGGUGUCUUGAGACUGGUUCUUGUUUAUUCACACUUGAAGGUCAUACCUCCCUUGUUGGUCUCUUGGAUCUACGUGAUGAACGUCUUGUCUCGGCAGCUGCAGAUUCAACAUUACGAAUUUGGGAUCCAGAAAGUGGUGUGUGCAAGAGUACUUUGAGUGCACAUACAGGUGCCAUUACAUGUUUCCAACAUGAUGGACAAAAAGUUAUCUCUGGAUCAGAUCGUACUUUGAAAAUGUGGGAUGUCAAAACUGGUGAAUGCAUCAAAGACCUUUUAGGUGACUUGAGUGGUGUGUGGCAAGUCAAAUUUGAUGAAAGAAGAUGUGUUGCAGCCGUACAACGUGAUAAUUUCACAUUUGUCGAGGUCCUUGACUUUGGUGCAUCACGAGACGGUGUUCCAAAAUCCGAACGUGGUCAUCGUAUCCUAUUGCCCAGCAUCGACGAAACCGAAAGAAUAGUCGAAGUUGCUGAUAAUGCAAACGCAUAAACGAAUGUAUGAAAUUUAAACGACGUCUAAUGAAACUUAAACCCGAGAAUGUAUGAAACAGAAUUACUCAUAUUCAUGAAAUAAUCAUCAUUCUCAUUGGGAAAUGGGAAGGGGGAAAUGGAUGGGAGGUAUACCCUAGUUUAUUCAGCUGUUAUCUUCACUUUAUAUUUCUUCAAAGUAUACGUUUUGAGGUUCAAUUCCUCAAUCGAGGCGUUUUGGGCUGAAAGGAGGGUGGUCAAAUUGGUGCAUAUAAUUUCUUUCUAUGCAUAGCGAGGAAUUCGUUCUCUUUUUCCUUUUUACGAAUUCCCUUGAUUUAAGUUCAAGUUCAUUUUCGUCUCGUCUCGUCUUUCCGAUGUGCUUUUUUUUUCUUUUUUCGCCUCGGCAGCGGUUGUGAGGUACAAGCGAAUUCAACUUAUGGUGUCGGCUAUCUCUAUACAUAUAGUAGUAUAAGCUAAGCUGGACUCUGUGUUGUCUGGCUAGGUGUUUCAUCCCCGAGGGGUUGAGGAGGUGGGGAGGGAAAGAGGGAUAAGG